GCUGUAGGAGCCAAUCAGAGGCAGAGCCAUAGUGUGCAUGUUGGCUUGCAGAAGGGCGUGUUGUCCUUAUUUAAACCACUGGCUUUGCAAGGAUUACACACAGGCGCAUCUUACCUGGAAAGGACCGUUCCACAGAGCAACCCCUGUACAAGAACUCUUUCAAAAUGGGCGACAACAACCCAGUCUGUCCAGUCAAUGAGGAAGUGGAGAAGUUCAACAAGCAAAAGCUAAAGAAGACAAACACACAAGAGAAAAACAUGCUCCCAACCAAAGAGGAUAUUGAAAAGGAAAAGAUGGCCAUGAAAGAGGGGGACAACUAAAACACUCCUGGCAUCGUUCCUUCCUCUUCCGUCCUCCUCCAUCCAAUGCUUGUCAUCCACUUCAACGUCCUACCGUCUUUAUCUUUACUGCUAAUGUCUGUGCCACUCUAUUCUAUUAGAAAUGGGGUCAAAGGUUACUCUGUCAGCAUAAUGCAAUGUAUAUUAAUGCAACGGAUGCUCAUUGUGCAAUCGCUCUGCUUACUGUUGGGUGUAGGCUUCAACUACAAUGCAACAUUAUAAAUACUGGAAGCAUCUAUUUCACUUACUUACAAUAAAUGUUUGCCUGUAAAUGGUGCAUUUUAUGGAAAUGUAGUAAAGAAUAAAGGACAACUGAUAUUUUUGUUUAAAAAAAAAAUUCCAUGUAUUAAAUUUGUUGCCUCCAUGUUUGUGUUAACAGGGGGGAAUUCCCUUUUUACACAUGAAGUAGUGUAAAGUCUCCACUGGCUCUGUAGUAGUUUUGUUAGAACAUGCCUGACAUUUCUCACAUUCCAACAGUUUGGACCACAUGUUCUGUUACUUUCAAAUAUCAAGUAAAACCGAGAGAACAGAACUACAAGAUAUUUAGUUUGCACA